UGUGAGACAAAGAAACCAAAGGAAUCAGAGAAAAUGAGCGGUGCUGGGAAGAUAGUGUGUGUCACAGGGGCUUCUGGGUACAUCGCUUCAUGGCUGGUGAAGCUUCUCCUCGAAAAAGGUUACACUGUUAAAGCUUCUGUUCGCGAUCCAAAUGAUCCAAAGAAGACUGAACAUUUACUUGCUCUUGAUGGGGCCAAGGAAAGACUUCAGUUAGUCAAAGCAAACUUAUUGGAAGAAGGGUCAUUUGAUUCUAUAGUUGAUGGAUGUGAAUGCGUUUUUCAUACAGCAUCUCCCUUUUAUAAUGCAGUCAAGGAUCCACAGGCAGAAUUAAUUGACCCUGCAUUAAAGGGAACUCUUAAUGUGCUUGGAUCCUGUGCAAAAUUUCCAUCUGUUAAAAGAGUGGUUGUGACAUCCUCUGUAGCUGCAGUUGCAUUCAAUGGGAAACCUCGAACUCCAGAAGUGGUAGUUGAUGAGACUUGGUUUUCAAAUCCAGAGUUUUGCAAGGAAUCUAAGCUUUGGUAUGUACUUUCCAAGACCUUGGCUGAGGAAGCUGCCUGGAAAUUUGCAAAAGAGAAAGGGAUGGACAUAGUUACAAUAAACCCUGCAAUGGUGAUCGGUCCUCUUUUACAGCCAACACUUAAUACCAGUGCUGAAGCAAUUCUGAAAUUAGUAAAUGGAGCAGAAACAUUUCCCAAUUCAACAAUGGGAUGGGUUAACGUCAAAGAUGUUGCUAUUGCACAUAUUCUGGCAUUUGAGAAUCCUUCAGCCAAUGGAAGAUACGUUUUAGUUGAGAAAGUUGCUCAUUGUUCAGAGGUUCUGAAGAGUCUCCAUGAACUUUUUCCAACUUUGCACCUUCCGGAAAAGUGUGCAGAUGACAAGCCUUACAUGCCAACUUAUCAAGUAUCCCAGGAGAGAGCAAAGAGCUUGGGCAUAAAUUUUAUUCCUUUUGAGGUCAGUCUGAAGGAAACUGUUGAGAGCUUGAAGGAGAAAGGCUUUUUCUAGUCCUUGAGGCUUGGUCAAUAUAAGUGAUGCAAAUAAUAAAGAAAA